AUGGCGGAAGUACUGGGCGUCGUGGCAGACGCUCCCGUGUCCGCUGAUGAGGGCGGCACUGCUCCGCCUACACCACCUGACGUGCCCCUGAAGGGUAAGAACCGCCAGCGAAUUCUCCGCGGCAUCCAGCGCAUCUCUUCAUCGCCCUCCCUCACCGGACUGGGGCGAUCCAGAUCCGUCAGCAAUCCCUACAGUCUCCGCUAUGGUUCCAUGUCCUGCGUCAGUCUGUCCACGGCUGGACCCUCACAAGGAUCUCCGAGCGGCAGGUCUGCUACGCCCCAGCCAUCUCCCCUGGCUAUGACGAACGGUUCAUACUUCGACUCUCAAGCUGGCAAAGGAGUGUUAGUGUUUGAAGAGGAAGAGGACGACGGUACCGACAAGUUGCCAGCCGUUCGAAAAGUCGCCCUUGGGCCUGCCAACAGCGCACCCGCCGUUUCAUCCCUGCCGUCCGAGCUGAAAGGACGGGCCAAGGCUUCGGAAAAGAAGAACUUCUACUUUUGGGACGGCAUCCCUCACGAGGUGCGGGUCCAUAUCUUUGCUUACUUGCGGCCCAAGGAGCUGGUGCGGAUAUCCAGAGUCAGCAAAUCCUUCUACAGCUUCUGUUUUGACGGGCAGCUGUGGACAUCAAUCGAUGCCUCCGAGUUUUACCAGGAAAUCCCGGCUGCGUCACUGGCGCGCAUCAUCGCCGCUGCUGGCCCCUUUGUCAAGGACUUGAAUCUGAGAGGAUGCAUUCAGGUGGAGCAUUACAAGCGCACCGAAGUCAUCGUAAAGUCGUGCAGAAAUCUGAUGAAUGCGACCCUCGAGGGGUGUCGAAAUUUUCAAAAGCACACGCUUCACAAUCUCCUCAGAAGCAACGAGAAGCUGGUGAACCUGAACCUGACGGGACUCGCGGCGGUGACGAACACAUCUUGCAAGAUUAUUGCAGAAUCGUGCCCUCAGCUUGAGAGCUUCAAUGUCUCAUGGUGCCAGAAGGUCGAGGCUCGCGGGAUCAAGACCAUCAUCGACGCUUGCACAAAGCUGAAGGACCUCCGUGCUGGCGAGGUGAAGGGGUUUGAUUGCCUUGCUACUGCAGAAUCAAUCUUCAACACCAAUCGGCUCGAGAGGCUUGUACUCAGCGGUUGUGUCGAGCUCAAUGACGAGGCAUUGAAGAUCAUGAUGCAGGGGGUUGAUCCCGAGAUAGAUAUCCUCACAGGUCAUCCCGUGGUUCCGCCUCGCCGGCUUCGGCACCUCGACCUGAGCCGCUGCAUCAGACUGACCAGUGCAGGUGUGAAGGCGGUUGGCCAUGUGGUCCCGGAUCUGGAAGGACUGCAGCUCUCGGGAUGCAAGUCAUUGACCGACGCAGCGCUUGAGCCAAUUCUUGCCUCAACACCGAGGCUAGCCCUCCUCGAAUUGGAAGACCUCGACGAGAUCACCAACUCGCUGCUGUCUGAGCAUCUCGCCAAGGCGCCAUGUGCCGGCAACUUGGAGCACCUCUCAUUGAGCUAUUGCGAGAACAUUGGAGACCUGGGGAUGCUCCCUGUCAUGCAGAAGUGCAUACGGCUGAAGAGUGCCGAGCUAGACAAUACCAAAAUCAGCGACCUGGUCCUUGCAGAAGCUGCCUCGAUGGUCAUCAAGCGUUCCAAACCGGCUUCCGCGAGCGAGGUGCGUCCCAAAGUAACGCUACGGCUAGCAGUAUACGACUGCCAAAACGUCACAUGGACAGGCAUCCGAGAAGUCUUGUUUAGGAAUGCUCAGAUCAGACCAGCCGCAAAUCAGCCCGGCGGCAUUACUUACCCGACCGAGAACAUCGGCUUGAAAUGCUUCUACGGCUUCCAGAUGACUGUCGACGAGCAUCAGAAGAGAGUUCUCCGGGGCGACUUCGCGGCCGCUGGUCGGCUGGAGAGAAAGUGGGCAGACUACAUGCAGGCAAACGAGGAAGCUGGCGUUGGAGGAGUCGGCUACCGAAGGCGCCGGCGCCGAGCAAGGCAUGCACAAGCUCUCCAUGCGGACGAGGAGGAUGGCGGCGGGAUUGUCGGCCGCCGCAGGGCGAGGACACUUGGAUCCUGCUCUGUGAUGUGA